GCGGGGCCGCGCCGCUCCCCUCCGCCGGAGGAGGAGGAGGAGGAGGAGGAGGAGGAAGGCGGGCGGGGCGGCCCGGCCCGGUCACCUCAGCGGGAGCGGCCGCAGGUGCCUGAAGCCGACGGACCCCGGGCAGCCUCCUCCCAGCCUAGGGCGGCCUCCCUCCGCCUCGGGGGCCGUCGGUGGAGCUGUGCCGGCGGCGGCGGCUCGUCCACCUGUGGCGGCGUUGGCGGGAUGGCGGAGCUCGCCCUCAGCCCCGCCGCCGUGCUGGGCUUCCUGCGGGAGCGCGGCGGCCGGGUGCGCAACGCCGAGCUGGUGGGAGCCUUCCGCCCGCUGCUGGAGGCCGCCGGGGACGCGGCGGAGCGGGCGGAGCGGCGGGAGCUCUUCAAGCGCUCGGUGAACGCCGUGGCCGUGGUGAAGGAGCGCGACGGCAGCAAGUUCGUCGUCCUGCGCCGGCACCUGCGGCCCGCCCCGCCGCCCGGGGGCGGCCCGAUGGACGGCGGCGGGCCCCCGCCUCAGGGGCGGCUCUCGCCGUCGCCCCCCGAGGUGCUGCCGUCGCCCCGUGCCGUGUCUGAGCUCCGUGGCCUCUUCCAGAGAGGCGGGGUGCCCCUUCCCGCCGGUGGGACCGGGACCCGUCGGGAGCCGGUCCCCAAGCCCUGCAUGCUGCCCGUGCGCUGCGUGCCAUCGCCAGCCGCUGCCCCAGAGCAGCCCAAGGAGCCCGGAGCCGCCUUGUCACCCUCGCCGGAGGAGGACGAGGCCAGGUGCCGCUCGCCCAACCUGCGGCAGGUCCCCAAGACCCCGCGUGCCAGCGAGGAGCCGGCAGCGGUGCCGCUGGAGGAGGCCGAGCACCGCUGGCUGGUGAUGGCGGCUGAGGGGCAAUGGUCCCAGCAGCUCCAUGGGCUGCUGCUGGGCGACGCCAGCCUGGCGGCCCGGCGGGACUUCAUCUCGGGCUUCACCGCCCUGCACUGGGCCGCCAAGAGUGGCAACUGUGACAUGCUGAAGAACAUCAUUGAGGUGGCGCAGAAGGAGGGGACCCACGUUGACGUGGACGCCAGGUCGCACGGCGGCUACACGGCGCUCCACCUCGCCGCCAUGCACGGCCAGGAGACAGUCAUCAGCAUGCUGGUCCGCAGCUACCACGCCAAGACCGACCUGAGGGACUACAGCGGGAAGAAGCCGCACCAGUGCUUGAGGGAAGGGGCCUCCGUUGCUGUCAGGCGCUUGCUGGGGGACCCCAGCCUCGAAACCACUGGGGGAUCCUCCAUGCCCAUAAAGAAAAGCACCAAGAUUGCUGCUUCCAUCUUGAGCUCCACCAGCACUUUCCUGGGAGUCAUAUCUGAUGACAUGGCUUUCUAUGACCUUACCAAAGGCUUAAGGAAGCCUUCAUCCCUGAACAAGCUCCUGGCUGCCACGACAGGCCCGAGGAGGAAGCCAAAGACCAGAGGGAGCUUCCCUUCAUAUUGUUCCCUCUCUGAGGUGGUAGAGGAGGAGGAGCAAGAGGAGGUCGUUGUGAAACGCCGGCCGGUCUCUGAGCUGUUCUUUGGCCACUAACCUCUGCCUUCUGGGGAUCAGAAUUGUUCAAUGCUGUGACUGGGGGCCUUGGUCUUCUCUUGAAGAAGUAAAUUGGAUUUCUUCUCUCCGCGUCUUUCUUCUUAGAAGUAAGUUCAAGCGAGCCAGCAACAGGGUCUGGCUCAAAGGCCACCAGGUGAAACCCAGUUCUCAGAAGCCUGAGGAAAGGAAACUGCGCAGGGAAUGUUACAGACAGUUCGUGUUCCGUGCUGAUGAAUUAGUGAAGACCACAGACUCCGUGUGUAGACAGGUUAAAAUGCUUAAGGUGCAGCUUUCUUGGUCUUUGUUCCUCAGCUGAAGAGCCUAAUUGAGGUAAAGAACUGCAUAUUUUACACUGUGAACAGCAGCCUGGUAGCCGGCUGCUUUAACACGGCUUGUUAUCUAGCAGGCUUGCAUUAGAGGAAAGAUGCAUAGUUUUCUAUGAUGUUUCUGAGUGUUUUGGUAACAGAGGAGGAAUAUUUCUAUUUUAAAAUGGUGUAUUUUCAAAUUGUGUUUUUUCAAAACGAAAUUUCUCACUACCAGAAAUACUAACACGUCUUAAUUGUUGCCUAAAGCAUUUUAUUAGAUUAAGAGGUUAGAAAAGGAAACACCCUCAUUGCUCAGUCACCCUGACCUGUCUACCUCAGUGUGAAGCCUAGGUUAGCUUUUAUGUUUUUUCCUCUUCCUGAAGGACCUUUUGACCAGGUGGUACUAACCGUGUCUCAAAACUGUGAAUGCUUAAACUGACCGUAGUCCUAUCGCUUGAUCUGAAUGAAAACCUUUUUGACGUUUGAUAGCAAAGUACUGAACUGGAAAACCAGGACUCAUCCUGUGCAGUGCAUCAGUAGCCAAGUGGAAACAGAGUUGGGCUUGUAUGUCUAAUUCUUUUUAUUUAAAAUCUGAACUUUGAUGUUGGACUACGUACAAAAAAUAUUUAUAAAAAGAUUGGGCUUUGUUCGCUGGGUGUUUCAUAUAAAACGUCUGCAUGACCUCUUAAUGUAUAUCUCAACAGCAUGAAUCACUGAUCUAAAACUCACUUUUCUUUUGCAUUAUAAACAUAAUUGUUUUAUAUAGAGAACUACAUGUAGCUCCAGAAAGCAUGCUAGCUGCGAGCAACAUUUUGCCAUGAGAUUGUUAUUAUUUUUUAAAUUAUUUGGCUAAAGUUAACCUGAAAUGAAGAUGCAGAGCUAAGAAGAGAAACUGUUUGGCUGCUUUGCACAGUCUGCUAAAACGGCCUCAUUUUUCAUCUAAAACUUUACAACAGAACUGCAUAACUCAGAGGUGACAAAGGCAGUCCUGCGCUUGCUGUGCUUCUCGGUCCCAGCCGGGUGUUUGGGUUUCUGUACCCAGACACUUGUUUGCGUGCUUCGCCUUUCUUUCCGAGUCAGUGACUUCAGGAAUGUGGAUUUUGAUUUUUGUUUCCAGCCUUGAAUUACGCCUCAUCCUUCCACUCUUUGUCCGUAAUGGGCUUCUCCCAAACACUCAGCAGAG